AUGGUCUCCGUCGAUUUCCCCGACGGCAAAGUUCCGAAGAACGGACGAAGCUACGCGAUCUGGAGCGGAUAUCAACUCGACCUCCGCUCUUUCCAGGAGCUCGUCAGUUCGAUCCCUGUCUGCCAGCCCCAUCUGCCUGUCGGCGUUCCCGUCGAAAACGAGUUCGCGGAUGAGGUCGGCUCUGACGAUGAAAACCCACUGCCGCCACAGCCGCGUUACAACAACUCGACGCUGGCCUACCUGUAUGCGUGGAUGGGCUUCAGGAAGACCCUCCCGCCCGCACUCCGGAAACGCUGCCCAGACUCGACGUACAGGUACUUCCCCGGAAUGAGGGGCGUCGACUCACCGCCGGAGCAACGACACUCGCACAUCUUCUUCCCUUCGCGAUGGAUUCCAUACAGAGGCAGGGCCCAGCUGGAGGAGACGCAUCCUGACUACAAACAAGCCAUGACGCCCACCCAGAAUGAAGAACAAAUCCUCGCUGCGAUCGUUGAAGCCGUGAAGGAGAGCGGGGGGGAGAUUGAGAUCGAGGAGUUCGAAUGGGCCGGCCUGGUGGACUUGGAUUACAACUCGGGGUUUGUCACGGUGAGGCUCAAGUACUUCGUUCGUAUCACCGUCGACUAA